AGCUUCUUCCCCGAGCAGGGAUCCCUAAACCAGAAAAGGAUGGUCGCGGCAGCUCUGAGGAGACUUUGGUCCCGGCGCCGCGCAGAGGUGGGCGACGCUGUAGCGGCGAAGCCCAGAGUGUGGGCGCGGCUGGGCUCCUGGGCCCGCGCGCUGCUCCAGGACUACGCCGAGGCCUGCAGGGACGCGGCGGCGGAGGCUCGUGCCCGGCCGGGGCGCGCGGCCGUGUACGUGGGGCUGCUGGGCGGCGCGGCUGCCUGCUGCACGCUGGCGCCGGGCGAGGGUGCCUUCGAGGAGGCGUUGCUGGAGGCGUCGGGGACCCUCCUGCUGCUGGCGCCGGCCACGCGCAACCGCGAGUCCGAAACCUUCGUGCAGCGGCUGCUCUGGCUUCGGGGCUGUGGCCGGCUGCGCCACGUGAACCUGGGGCUCUGUUCGCUGGUGUACGAGGCGCCCUUCGACGCCCAGGCCAGCCUCUACCAGGCGCACUGUCGCUACCUGCAGCCCCGCUGGAUCGACUUCCCCGGCCGGAUCCUGGACGUGGGUUUCGUGGGCCGCUGGUGGGUGCUGGGUGCCCGGAUGCGCGACUGUGACAUCAACGACGACGAAUUUAUGCACCUGCCGGCGCAUUUGCGGGUGGUCGGGACCCACCAGCUGCAUUCCGAGACCAACGAGCGGCUCUUCCAUGAGAAGUACAAGCCUGUGGUGCUCACGGAUGAUCAGGUGGACCAGGCGCUGUGGGAGGAGCAGGUCUUGCAGAAGGAGAAGAAAGAUAGGCUCGCCCUGAGCCAGGCGCGUUCGCUGAUACAGUCGGAGGCCCCGAGAUGAAAUCCUGAGGCCCUCGAGUCCUGGCAAACUGCUUGCCUGGGUGGUGCAGUUGUGAUGAGUCUCAACUCCAGAACGACCGAGACAGAUGAUGUGGAAAGUGUUUUCUCACUGGGUUUGCUCAAGUUUGGGGAGCCUUUGUGCCCUCCGUCGUCGUUCUUUAUCAGCUGAAACGGAUUCAAAGCCACCUUAGUCUAGGAGUUGGGACAGCAGAAUGACUUGACCCAUGUUCAUCGCUGCCAGAGCUGGUCCUGAGCCUUUUAUAUAAGCCUUUUUCACUGGGCCUCAGAGCCCCUCCUCGGGGAGGUACCAUAUUGGUCAUGUGACUUACAAACUCCUAAAAUCAUUUAGAUUUUUGGGUUGUGGCCUGGUGUGGUGGUGCAUGUCUGUAAUCCCAGCAUUUUGCAAACUGAUGCAAGAGGAUCGCUUGUUUGAGAGGUGUUUGAGAGCAGCCCGAGUAACAUAACAAGACUCCGACGCUACAAAAAAAUAAUAAUAUUAAUUAACUUAAUAAAAGUUGAGUUGAAAUGUUUUUAUUAUAUUA